CGAAACCAGUGGUGGUGAACGCAACCCCAGUACGGAUGUCUGUUCCCAUAGUGCCAGCACAGACUGUGAAACAGGUGGUGCCCAAACCAAUCAACCCAACUUCCCAGAGAGUUACUACUAGUCAGCCCCAACAAAGACUUAUUAUGCCAGCCACUCCACUGCCACAGAUACAGCCCAACCUCACUAACCUCCCACCAGGCACUGUACUGGCACCAGCACCUGGUACAGGAAACGUUGGGUAUGCAGUCCUUCCAGCUCAGUAUGUCACACAGCUACAGCAAUCAUCGUAUGUAUCUAUAGCAAGCAACACUGGCUUUACAGGGACACCUUGUAUCCAGUCCCAAGCACGGCUACCAUUCAACGGAAUAAUUCCUUGUGAAUCAGCAAACCGCCCCAGGAAGCCUUGCAAUUGUACUAAGUCUCUAUGCUUGAAAUUGUACUGUGACUGUUUUGCAAACGGUGAAUUCUGCAAUAACUGCAACUGUACAAAUUGUUAUAAUAACCUGGACCAUGAAAAUGACAGGCAAAAAGCAAUAAAGGCCUGCCUUGACAGAAACCCUGAAGCCUUCAAGCCCAAGAUAGGGAAAGGAAAGGAAGGAGAAUCGGAUCGGAGACACAGCAAAGGGUGUAACUGUAAACGCUCAGGAUGUCUCAAAAACUACUGCGAAUGUUAUGAGGCAAAAAUCAUGUGCUCUUCCAUAUGUAAAUGCAUUGGCUGUAAAAAUUUUGAAGAAAGCCCAGAGCGAAAGACAUUGAUGCAUUUAGCAGAUGCUGCAGAAGUUAGGGUCCAGCAGCAGACCGCUGCAAAGACCAAGUUAUCUUCCCAGAUCUCAGAUCUGCUGACAAGGCCAACACCAGCACUCAGCAGUGGUGGUGGGAAGUUGCCCUUCACGUUUGUAACCAAGGAGGUAGCUGAUGCAACCUGUGAAUGCCUUCUUGCACAGGCAGAGCAAGCAGAGAAGACAGGCAAGUCAAAAGCUGCAGCAGAGCGAAUGAUCCUGGAGGAGUUUGGACGCUGUUUGAUGAGAGUUAUUAACUCUGCAGGGAAGUCCAAAAGUGACCCUUGUGCCAUGAACUGCUGACUCAUGCACAUGAGCCACAAUGAAGUGGACUGGACAGAACACUUAAGGCACAGGGACACUUUGGUUUGGCUUAGAGGAUUUAAUAAUAUUUGUUAAUUUGGUGCUUGUUGUAAAUUCACCUGCAUAAUAUCGAAACAUGAAAAUCUUUUUAUAACA